GGAUGAACACAUUAUGAGAGAGAGAGAGAGAGAGAGAGAGAGAGAGCAGCUAAAAGAUGGAGAUGGAGGGCGAGUUGAAGAACUUCCUCAAGGUCUGGGUUUUAGCUACUACAUGCUUAUGCUACUGUUACUAUAUAGCAGCAAGAUUACCUAAGGGUAUCUUGAGGCUCCUUUCCAUCCUCCCUAUCAUCUACAUCUUCAUCAUUCUCCCCUUCAACCUCAACUCUUUCAAUCUCUGUGGUCCUACAGCUUUCUUUCUCGUUUGGCUUGCCAACUUCAAGCUCCUCCUCUUCUCCUUGGAUCAAGGUCCCUUAUCACCCCCACCUCCCAAACUUUUCCAUUUCAUCUCCUUAGCCUGUCUUCCCAUAAAACUCAAACAAGAAACAAAUAAUAACACUAACCCAUCAAUCCAUUUCAUGCCCAGAUUACUUCUUCUGGCGAUUAAAACCAUCAUUCUUGUUCUUGUAAUUCAUAUCUAUAACUACAGGCAAUUCAUUCACCCCCAUCUCAUCUUAGCUAUCUAUUGCUUGCACAUGUACUUACAGCUAGAACUCGUCCUAGCCAUAUCAGCGACCCCCGCUCGAGCUCUUUUUGGGUUCGAGCUCGAGCCACAGUUCAACGAGCCUUACCUUGCCACAUCUCUGCAAGACUUUUGGGGUCGUAGAUGGAACCUCAUGGUCACAAGUAUUCUUCGGCCCACCGUAUACUAUCCUACACGCCAGUUUUCAAAGCGCUUAUUUGGGCCGGCAUGGUCGUCGUUGCCAGCUGUCAUAGCGACGUUUGUCGUGUCGGGUUGGAUGCACGAGGUCAUUUAUUUUUAUAUAACGCGUGUGAGUCCCACGUGGGAAGUCACGUGGUUUUUCGUCCUGCAUGGUAUUUGUGUAGCUAUAGAGGUGGCGUUAAAGAAGGCUGUUAAGGACAGUUGGCCGUUGCACCGGGCAAUUUCAGGGCCCUUGGUUGUCGUUUUUGCAGGUGUCACCGCCGUUUGGUUAUUUUUCCCUCAGCUAAUUAGAAAUAGAGUGGAUGAGCAGGUUAUAUGGGAGUGCUCCAUUCUGGUAAAUUUCAUCAAGCAUAAAUUAAGCUCUUUUUUUGUUUAUUGCUUGAGUGUAUUUUAAAUGUCCUUAUUGCCCCCUUAGACUUUACCUUUUUGAUCGAUGCUAAAGGGAUUAAAUCCUAAUCAAAUGAGGGCAUAAUUGAAAUUUUAUUUAUUGCUUCAAAAUAGGUGAAUUUACAAUUAUAACCUUAAUGAAAUUGGUUUCUUGAAA